AUUCGUGUGUAGGAGCGCACGCGCUUGCAGCUUUGCUGUAGGCAAAGAAGGGGAUGGAUGCGGCUUGAUUUCAAGGGAUGUUCAAUAUGGCAACUAAUAAAACACCAGAAAUGAACUAUACUUGCGAGAUAUGCGGUCGUGAGGAUUUCAAUGAUGAGGAGAUGCGCUCGCAUAUGGCUCUCUAUCAUCUUAAGGGUGCGGCUAAUUGUCCAUUCUGCAAUCUUGGUGAAAUUUCCCCAGCAGAAAUGUUGUUACAUGUAAACAGUGCACACCUGGAUUAUUUAACACCUAGUACACCUGAAGAAAAUAACAUGAUGGCUUUUAUUGACGAGGAUGGUAUUCUCGAUCAUCAGGAUCACCAUCGUUGUAAAUGUGUCGGUGACGAGUCAUCCAUGUGUCAUGGCACUUCAUCUAACACUUUUUCAUCGUCGCUUUGCUCGCCUUACCUACAAAACGGAUGGACUAUACCCUUAAGUUCAACAACCUCCCAAUCGACGUCGAUUAUAUCGAGAUCAGUUACAACUGAAAAGGAAAAUUCGGUAUCAUCGAUGGCAUCAUUGACUAGCAUUUCUUCAGUUAACAACAACAACAAUAAUACAAAUCAUGGAAAUAAUGUUCCAGAAAGUACAGCUGGACAUGGUUCACCUUUGCGUUCCAGUUUAAAUCUUCAAUUGCGUUCACAUGCAACUCCUAAGCUUCCAAUACAAGAAUGUCCAAUGUGUCCUUAUAGUUCAGAUUGUCCAUUGAGAUUACAAGAGCAUAUAAAUCGCCAACACUUUGAUUUAACUUCACCAUCUUUUCCUUCAGAAUCUAUUUCAGCCCGUGACAGCAAGUUCAAUUGUCCAUUUUGUAUUAUAUUGUUUCCUAAUGCAUCGGAUUUGGAAUUACAUGUAAACAUUGAACAUAAGGACAUAUUAAGUCCAGCAAAAGCAACAUCUCCUUACUCUGAUGUAGCAACUAGCGGUGAAAAGACUCCUUCGUGUCCAGUUUGCCAGAGCACUUUGUUUAAGAACAAUGACGAACUCACUGCUCAUAUUGAAGAGCACUUUACAAAAAAAGAAACUCCUUCACCAGUUACACCAGAAUUUUCAACGGAUAGACUUCUUGCACGCGACAUGGAAAGACGUGAGAAGGAAGUCAGAAGGUUGAGGGAACAGCGUGAAUUCGCAUUACUCCAAGCGCAGUAUGGUAUGGAUAAUCAGGGUAACUUUAGAGAGCAGAGUGUGACAAAUAUGCAGCGGGCUGUGUAUGCUGGUGAAAUGUCUGUAGCGGAUUAUUAUGAAAAGCAGAUUGAACUAAGAGUUGCUGAGAAUAGCGGUAUCGACGAUGGUAGUUCUUGUACUCGAGUCAAACAACUUUCAGGGCUUGUGCCCAAGGUAAGAGCAGCCAGCCAAGCAUGCAGCAAUGUCGUGAAUACUUGGAUGUGUUCAACAGUAGAUCAUUAUGCAGUAACUUAUGGAGAUAAAGGAUGGGGCUGUGGUUAUAGAAAUAUGCAAAUGAUGAUAUCAUCAUUACUUCAACAUACAGGAUAUAAUGAGCUAGUAUAUAAGGCAUGGAGUUCUGGUGUUAGUAAUAACAGUUCUCAUGAAAAUCCUCAACGAAGUUCGAUGCCCUCAAUUUCAAGGCUUCAAAAGAUGAUCGAGUGGGCUUGGACACAAGGAUUUGAUAUCCAGGGUGCUGAACAGUUGGGAGCUAAGUUAGCUAAUACUAGAAAAUGGAUAGGAGCUACUGAAGUUGUAACACUUUUGUCAAGCUUAAGAAUCAGAUGUCAAUUGGUAGAUUUUCAUAGGCCAACAAAUCCAGAUGGUGGUCAUCCUCAGAUGUUUAAAUGGGUUUUACAAUAUUUUCAACGAAAUGAUGAUUUUAAACCUCCUCUGUAUCUUCAACAUCAAGGUCACAGUAGAACCAUUAUGGGAGUAGAACAACUUAGAGAUGGUUCUAUAAUUAUGUUAGUACUUGAUCCAAGCCAUAGUCCAUUUCAAAUGGCUCAGUUUAAUAUUACAAGUAGUGUGCCAGGAGCAAUGAGACUUGUAAGAAUAUCUACUGUUGCAAUGAAAGCACGGCAAUAUCAAGUAGUUGCUGUAAUAGGUAUGAUGGAAACCGAAUUGCAAUAUCAACAAAGUAAAGUAUUACAUUCUUUAAGAAUUCCAGAUGAUAGAUGAGAUUUAAUAAUAUGGAAGUUAAGAUGUUUUUGGAGAAGAAAAUAUUUUGAUUUUAGCUUAACCAUUUCUACAGUCUUGAAAGUUGUGUGAAGAAAAUAAUUUUCAUUAACAGAAUUUUGCUCUUCAAAAGUGAUAAAUUAAUGUUAUUCUAACAUCACAAGUCACACUUCUUCAUUUAUUCAAAAGAAGUAAAUACAAUUCAGUAACAAUAGAGGGUAACAAUGUUAAAGUUAACCUGCUAUGCUAGUGCUAUACUAUUGAUAUUUUAAUUUUAAGACGACGAAUUUAUCGAAUUUAUUCUUUAAGCAUAAUCGUGAUAAAUGUGAAUUUUGGAGGGACUUAAAAUAUGUCAGCUUAAGACUAAAUGUAAAAUAAAUAAACUUAGGCUUGAAAAUGAAAUUUUCUGUUGACAUUUAGUCCCUCUUAAAUUCUUUAGCUUUUCAGUACUUUCGCUUAAAGCGAUUGUACUCCUGAAGCUCAUAUCUUAAUCUAGAUAAUUCUGUUCAAUCCUUAUUGUACAAAUUGAUAAAAUCAUGUCAUUUC